GGGCCCCGUUGCCGUAAGAGCGGGCACGGAGCUGCCAUGGAGGCCGCGGCCGCGCUCACCGACAUGUACGACCAGGCGCUGCUGGGGAUCCUGCAGCACGUCGGGAACGUGGAGGAGUUCCUGCGUAUCCUCUUCGGCUUCCUCUACCGCAAGACCGAUUUCUAUCGCCUCCUUCUGCGGCCCGGGGAUCGCCUGGGCUUCCCGCCCGGCGCCGCGCAGGCCAUGGCCCUCCAGGCAUUCAAAGUCUUUGAGCGGAUGGCCCGGCAGGAUGAUGAGAAGAGGCACCAAGAGCUGGAGGCGAAGCUAAGAAAGAAGGAGGAGGAGGCUGCGGCUGCUGAGAGGGUGCAGCUGUCCCCUGCAGCUCAGGAGAUUGAGGUUGAGACAACAGCAGAGCACAUCCCAAGUGCUGGGGAAGCUGCGGGGACACAGGAGUCGACCAUAACCCAGGACACAGCCCCCAGCCCUGUGGCAGUGGAGCCCCUGGGUGCUGCUGCCGCAGCAGAGCCCCAGCCAGCAGAACUGCCCACGAGGCAGGAGCAGUUCCAGACAAACCCCGACAGCUACAAUGGGGCUGUGCGAGAGAAUUACACCUGGUCCCAAGACUUCAGUGACCUGGAGAUUAAAGUGCCUGUGCCCAAGCACAUUGUAAAAGGCAAACAGGUGUCUGUGGAUAUCAGCAACAGCACAAUUCGUGUGGCUGUGCUGGAAGGGAGCAGCCAACGUGUCCUCAUGGAAGGGAAACUCACCCACAAAAUCAACACUGAGAGUUCCCUCUGGAGCCUGGAGCCAGGAAAGUGUGUUUUGAUCAACCUGAACAAAGGGGAUGAGUACUGGUGGAACGCUAUCCUAGAGGGCGAGGAGCAGAUUGACAUUGACAAGAUCAACAAGGAGCGCUCCAUGGCCACGGUCGAUGAGGAGGAGCACGCCAUGCUGGACCGCCUCACCUUCGACUACCACCAGAAGCUGCAGGGCAAACCCCAGAGCCACGAGCUGAAGGUGCACGAGAUGCUGAAGAAGGGCUGGGACACUGAGGGCUCCCCCUUCCGCGGCCAGAAGUUCGACCCCUCCAUGUUCAACAUCUCCCCCGGCGCUGUGCAGUUUUGACGGUGGCGAAAAAACCACCAGAAACGAAGCAGGGAGAGGAGAAACCCACCCGGGACCCUUGCACCCAGCACCCGGUGCCUGUGACCCGCUCGCCGUUGGGAUGCGGUGCCGGCAUCCUCCGCUGCCCUCACUGCCUGGCACCAGCACCGCACCGGGCUCGGCGGUUUGAUGUACGUGCGGGGAAACCUGGCGAAUGCAGAUUUACGUCCCAUCACCAAGGCAACCCGAGUGGCUGGGACCCUUCUCCUCUCCUUGCCUCGCGCUGGUGACAGCGCGGUUGUUUUUCAGGAAUAGAUGGAGCUCGUUGGGUGACAUAAUUGUUAUUUCUGGUGGCUGAGGAUGCUUCUUUGCAGGCUUCUGGGGGUGCAGAUCCCUCCCCGCCCUGGCACCGGGCAGCUUUGCCCCUCGCAGGGAGCAGGGGGGCUGCCACCCACAACCCCAUGGCAGGGGGCAGGGGAGGGUCCCUGGCAGGGGGCUAUGGGCCCAGCCCUCAUGGCCACCCGUCCCCCCCCAGUUGCCCCAGAAAUGUCUGGGCUUCCGUGGCGCGGUGCCUGGGGUCUGGGGGGGAGGAGGUGUGAGCCCUGCCUUCCUCCCAGGCCCAGCCCAGCCUUUGCAGCUUCCCAGCAGCCCCCACCGUGGGGCAGUGGGCUGGGGGUCCCCCACCAUCACCACCUGUCCCCCUG